AUGGAUCACCCGCAGCUGGCCACGACCAACGGCGAUCUGCCGACCACGAUCAUCGCGACCGUCGCCAGCACACACAACAUUCUCCUCCUCGUCCUCUUCUUCUUCCUCGCCUACCUGCUCAAAUGCAUAUACGCCCUUUUCAUUUAUCCUUAUCAUGUCUCACCACUUCGGCACCUGCCGACACCAAAGGAGAACCACCACUGGCUGCUCGGACAGAUGAUCACACUCCUCUCGACGCCCUGGAUGCCCUACCUCUACCGCGAAUGGAGCCGUGAGUGUCCCGACGUCCCCUUUCUGCGCAUUUUGAAAAUUGGACAAUCCGAGACCCUCAUCCCGAACACAAUCACCGCCUAUCGCGAGGUCCUCCAGACCAAGAAUGACUGCUUCAUCAAGUCCGAAGAGUCGCGUAACGGCGCCGCCAUGGUCAUUGGCGACGGCCUCCCCUGGGCGCACGGCGACGACCACCGACAGCGUCGCGCCGUGCUCAACAAGCUCUUUGCGCCCCAGCGCAUGAAGGCCUGCGUCCCCAAAAUCAAGGCCAAGGCCGAGCAGCUGUGCCGCGCACUGGCCGCCAAGCAGUCCGUGCCUGGCGAUGCCGUCACAGUCGAAACCGAGCUUUGGAAAGCUGUACUCGACGUCGGUGGCAUCAAGUCCAUGGGCGUCGACCUCGACCACCUCGGCUCGGACGCUUCCCCCCUCCAUGAGAUCUUUAGCGCAACGAUGCGCCCCAGCAUUCGCGGCCAUAUUGAGCGAUGGACGGUUACGCACCUCCCCUUCAAACAAUACUUGCCGCUCGAGGCUGUCAGCGAGUUUGUUCGGAAAUGCGCCACUGCACGCAGCGUCAUAAGAGAACACGUGCAAGCGCGGCGCCGAGCAUUCAAUCGCGGGGAGAAGACGAGGGACGAUGCAGAUGUGCUGCAGGCCAUGGUGGAGGCGACGGGUCUGUGGGACGAUGAGCAGGUCGUGGAAUAUAUUCUGAACUUCAUGGUGUUAGGACAUGACACCACGGCGUGCACGCUCGUCUGGGCUCUGGAUACGCUGGCUCGUCGAAAGGAUAUCCAGGAUCGAUUACGGAAAGAGAUCAACGACAUGGAGGAGCAGUCGUGGGCGGAGAUUGACCGCGCGCAUUUCCUGGAGAACUUCUUGCGCGAAGUGCUGCGGGUGCAUUGUCCAGUCGGCUGGAUUCCCAUGGUCGCCGCCUGCGACGUUGAGAUUUCUGGCGUGCUCAUCCCCAAGAAAACGACGCUCAACCUGUGUCCAGCCAUGAUGAACCUGAAGCCGGAGAUUUGGGGCCCCGAUGCAGAGGAGUUCGACCCCGACCGCUGGGAUCGCCUCGAGGGCGAGGCAGGAAGUGCUUAUGCCUUUGCCACCUUCCACAACGGCCCUCGCGUGUGCAUCGGCAAGGCCCUCACACUGAUGGAGCUCAAAAUGGUCAUUGUCGAGCUCGUGUCGCGGUUCAAGAUGGAGACGGACAUGGAGCCGCUCGGCCUCGAGACACCGAGCUUCACGCUGAAGCCCAAGCAGACACUGAAGCUGCGCUUGACGGAUGCGUGA